CGAACCGCGUCAAGGCGAACGUGUGCGCGCUGACACACACGGUGGUACGGGCGUGCGUGCAGGAUCGGAUCCGGUUUACGGUUUGGUGUGGUCGUCGGGCCCUUCGGUUUGGCAGUGCAUCUUUCCAUUCCAGUGUCAGUUCGGUUCGCCGCAUUUCGGCUGCAAUGUGUUGAAAAGAAAAGGUCCCUGUCGACGGCGGUACAGUGGUGUCGGGGUGUGAGUGUGUUUCUGUUGUGUUGUGUUUGGGCUCAAACCCGGCCCAAAUCCCGGUGUCACAGGAUCUGAGCUGUGUUUGUGUGUGCGUGUGUUAGUGUGUCUGUCGUUGCAGUGCAGUGCACACCAUCUCUCCAGCAGAAUGCAAUUGCACCGAGUGCAUGCGCUGUGGUGAAGACGUCCCUGAUGUGCGUAUGUGUCCGUGUGAAUGUAUCCACCGUUUUGGAAGCAUUCCGAGGCUUGCUGUUUAUUUAUAUUAAUAGAUUUAUCGAUGAUACGCAGUGCAUAAUUUAAUUGCCAUCUUCACCCACACCAUCUUCCGUGUUCUGCGUGUGUGCGUUCUAAAGUGCAUCGAUGCAUGUGAUUUCGCGUACGGCCUGCCUGUUUGAAGUACGCCAGCAAGUGAAGACGUUUCGCAUCGGCAUUCGGUCAAUCGUGCGUGUGUGCGUGUGUGUGUGUUUGUGUGCAUUUCCCGUCUAGUUUUUCCCGCAUUUCUUCCAGGGGCGGCGUAAUUCUGGAUGCAUUUCUGGCCGGGUGGAGUAGAACGUGGAGCGGUGUACCGAAGUGUAUCUCUAUCUCCUGCCCAUUUCAUCCCUCCCAUCACCCCACCGUGCGUCUAUGUGCGUGUGUGUGUGUGUGUGUGUCAAGCACGAGUGCGCUAUUUCUGUACCGCGAAUGAAUAAUUGCCGGCAAUUUACGCCUCGUCUUCUCGGCACCAUCGGCAGUCGUGCGCAACGAUUCCCUUGCGGAGAGGUUUACUGCGCCGGAGGAGAGGGAAAAUUGUGAUCCGUCCUGUGAAUCCCAAGGAGUGAGAGUUUCUGUUUCGUGCCCCUCAGUGUGUGUAUGUGUGGCGGGGUGGCACUCGAGCGAGAUUUAAUUGUCGAAGCACAAAUUAAGCAUUAAACAGUGGCGCGCUAGAGUGACUGCUUGAGAUCGCAACGAAGAGGUCAACAUCAUCAUCAGCAGCAGCAUCGCGAGGCGUCUCUUUGUAAUCUUCAUAUCUUCUUGAGGUGCUUGUACCCCACUUCGGUCGUCGUGAGCUGUCGAAUAAAUUUGCUCAUUACACACCACCUCCCUACGACCAUCCGGACUGCUGACCAACCUUCGGACUGCUGCUCCACCACCUGCGGGUUAGUGUUUCGUGAACCUCUGGGACAUCCGUUCAAUUAUAUUUCUAGUCAUCAGCAAAAGAGAAGCGUGUAACCCGUGAACCCAAGGAUGCAAUACGCAGCGCAGAGUUAACGUGUGUCAUAAACAACCGAACGCAACCGUAUCAGCAAGAAAAAAAGGUCGUCGAUUACACACCAUUCAAAGUUCCUUGUGCCGAAACGAAUGUUAUUUAUUCUUCCUACGAAACAAAAUUGCAUCCGCCAGAGAUAAAGAGAACCCAGCAGUCCGAAACAACAAAAAAAGGGAAAGGUGUUGAGGCGAAGGCAAGACAAUAAUAAGGCGAGAUCACCUUGGAUUCCUAACCCAACAGCUGGCGGCGGCUACACACAAAAACAGAUAUUCCAUAAUAGAGAGACAUCCUUUGCUCAUCUUUUACCGAGAAAGAAGGAGAAACACGAUUCGAUGCGCAUAGAGAGACUUCCUGGGAAGGAAAUAGAAAAACAAAAACGUCCCUCGACCCAGACGUGCAUAGGAACAUACCCAGCUGGAAGAAGCGACAACUGUGUGUGUCCUUCUGCGUAGGAACACGGCGAAACCCAACGCUCAUCAUAAAUCGAAAAGCAAUUAGGUACACCAUUCACCCGGUCUCACCUCUCUCACCUACCAGAUUCUCCGGAAACGGCGACACGGGAGAAAAGAUUCGUCAAGCAUUUGACGGAAGGCGGGUGGUUUGCUAAAUCGGUCCCUUUUUCGACUGAACACACACUGUGAUACUGUGUACCCAAGAAUAAAACAAGCAAAACAAAACGUUCCUUGCAGCCAGACAACGGUCUCCAAAAAAGAUUCCUACGAAGAAACCUCACACAAAAGGUCACCUGUUACACCCCAGUCUGUGGACUCAAUUGCGCUUGAAGCGUUUUUUGUAAAAGUGUGCAAAACCCGAGCUAAAACGAGGCUAAAACAUAUCAACACAGAACAAAUCAUCGUUGAGAUUUGCACGCAAAGGUAGUGAUCGCACAACACUCCGAAGUACGCUUCACGCUCCUCGCUAUUAAGGCGCUAUUAAGAGAUUAAGCAAAUCAGUGUAAACCAAGAGCGGAGGAAGUCUUCCACCUCGCUCACACAAACACACUCCGUUAAGUGACGUCAAGACAAUCGUACCAUAAAACCAAAGCCACAAUAUGACGAUGGAGCAGAAGAGGACGGCACAGUGCUGCAGCUGCCGGUGGACGCUCUGGAUCACGAUAAUGAUCAUCAGCGUGUUACCACUAACGAAUGCACAAUAUCGCUCGCCACGAAUAAUCGAAAACCCGAGCGAUACGAUCGUCCCCAAGAAUGAUCCGGUCACGCUCAACUGCAAAGCGGAGGGCAAACCCCAGCCCGUCAUCCAGUGGUACAAGGACGGGGAGGAGGUAAAGCUGGACGCUAACCAUGUCCUGCUGCCGGCCGGUUCGCUAUUCUUCCUGCGCACCGUGCACAGCAAAAAGGAGCAGGACGACGGGGUCUACUGGUGCGUGGCCAGCAAUCAGGCCGGCAAGGUCUACAGCCGGAACGCAACACUGCAGGUGGCAACGCUUCGGGACGAUUUCCGCGUCGAGCCGAAAAAUACGCGCGUUGCGGCGGGCGAGACGGCCCUGCUGGAAUGCAGCCCGCCCCGCGGCAAUCCCGAGCCAAAUGUUAGCUGGAAAAAGAACGACGGCUUUCUCGAGCUGGACGAUUAUCGGCCAUCGAAGGAGCUCGCCCGGAUACGGAUCGUUGACAGUGGCAACCUUCUGAUCAGCGACGUGCGGCCGACGGACGAGGGGCGCUACCAGUGCAUCGCCCAGAACAUGGUCGGCUCGAGGGAAAGUGGACUCGCAAAAUUAACCGUCCAGGUGAAGCCGUACUUUGUGGCCGAACCGGACGAUGCGACCGUGCUGGAGGGCCACCGCGUACAGUUCCAGUGUGCGGUCGGGGGCGAUCCGGCCCCGCAGAUACUGUGGACGAAGCAGCACGGUGACAUACCGGUCGGGCGGGCAGAAAUAUCCGAGGAGGAUCGGAGCCUGAUCAUACGCAAUGUCACGGCCGACGAUCAUGGGCAGUACAUCUGCGAGGCCCGGAACUCGGUCGGUGUGAUCAGUGCGCGGGGCAGCCUCACCGUCAACACUCCACCCGUGUUCACCGUGCGGCCCCAGGACCAGAAAGUCACCGUCAACGGGGUGGUGACGUUUAAAUGUUCGGCGGGCGGUAGUCCACUGCCGUCCGUGUUUUGGACGCGGGAAGGUUCGCAGACGCUAAUGUUCCCGAACAACAGCUACGGCAAUAUGCACGUUUCCGGGCAGGGCUCGUUGCAGAUCCGGGGUGUGCAGCGGGAGGAUGAUGGAUACUUUGUCUGUUCGGCGCUGAGCGUGGCAGGAUCGGUAACGAGCCGGGUGUAUCUGCAGGUGACUUCCCCAAUUGACAGUAUUCCACCGCCUCUGCUGCAACAGGUUCCCUCCAAUCAGAGCCUUCCGAGCGGAACGAAGGCAACACUUCCCUGUCGCAGCUCUGCGUACGGAGCACCUUCAUCAUCAACAGCGUCCUCGUCAGCGCCCCGUUGGCAACGUGAUGGUAUCAAUCUGCUUACUGGGCCCGGCAAACGCUUCAAAAUUCUUUCUGGUGGAUCGCUACGGAUUGAUGAUCUUCAAACCGAGGACAGUGGAUGGUACCGAUGCAUCGUAAAGCUAGAUGACCAUGAAUAUUCCUGGUCUGCUUAUUUGAGUGUCGAUAGCAAUCUGCCGCCCCAAUCGCAGCAAAUCUUCAACGCGGAGCUGCUACCGUCCGCACCGGGCCAACCGAAGGCAGCAAACAUUACCAACACGAACGUGACGCUGAUCUGGGCCCGGGGCCAGGACAAGCUGCGCACGAAUGCCAUCGCCAGCUACACGAUCGAGUACCACAGCACGGACGAUCGCGAGAUGGACGCGGGCUGGAAGAUUGCGCUGCGCCAAAUUGCGGGCAAUACCGCGACGGUUACGGGGCUGUCGCCGGAAACGGGCUACAUCUUCUCGGUGCGUGCCGAAAACGGUAUGGGCUUCUCGGCCCCGUCGCCCGUGUCGACCCUCAUCCGCACGCUUUCGUCCGAUGAUCGGGUAACGAUACCGGAGGAGAUGGAUACGGCCCGGAUGGUGCUGAGCGGAAAGAUUCUCGAACUGAUCGAUAUCAUUGCGCUAACGUCCUCGUCGGUGCGGCUCGAGUGGCAGCUGCAGAUCGGCGGCUCGGAAGAGUACAUCGAAGGGUUCUACGUGCGCUAUCGCGAUCUCGACAGUGACGUGCAGCGGUACAGCAUGCUGCCGAUACCGAACAGCGAAACGGAGAGCCACAUCAUCACGAACCUGAACAAGUACACCCGGUACGAGUUCUUCCUGACGCCGUACUUUAAAAAUCUCGAGGGUCAACCGAGCAACGCGCGCAUCGUACGCACGCUCGAGGAUAUGCCGACCGGGCCGCCGACCAACAUACAGGCCGGGAUGUUGAAUCUAACGGCCGGCUGGGUACGGUGGAGCCCACCGUUGCGCGAGCACCAGCACGGUGCGGUGGUCGGCUACAAGAUACAGGUAAAGUCGGGCAACAAUGCCUCGAAGCUGUUGGCCCAGAUGACGCUCAACUCGACCACCACGUCGGUGAUGCUGAACAACCUGACGACGGGCGCUAGCUACACGAUUCGGGUGGCCAUGUUUAAUCGGCUCGGGAUGGGUCCGUUCUCGAAGCCACUCUACCUGGUGAUGGACCCAUCGUUCGUGAUCGUACCGCAGGGUGUGCACAACAACCACAACCAGCUGUACGGCGAUUACGACGACCGGCGACACCCGCAGCAUCAGCAGCACGCGCACAACUUCCUGCACGAGACGUGGUUUAUGCUGCUGGUCGUGUUUUCACUCGUGGUCGUGCUGGUGGUGACGAUUGCGGGAGGUGUGGUCGUGUUCCGGCGGCGCCAGGGCUUGGGCAAACCGGUUGUGACUGUGCCGACGCUCGGGGGGCGGCGCGGAGACAUAGCGAACCUGAGUAUGUCGCGGAAGGAUGGCGGGAUUUGGAUCGAUCGCGGUUGGCGGACGUGCGAUACGGAUAAGGAUUCGGGGCUGAGCUCGAUCAAGCUGCUGGAGGGCAGUCAGACACACCACACGUAUCCACUGGCGGAUGGGGGGACCGAUUACGCGGAGGUUGAUCCUCGUGGACUGACGUCAUUCUACAAUCGGAAGUCCCCGGAGAGUCCAACGCCGUACGCUACCACGAUGAUCAUCAACGGCAUUCCACGGAGUGACAAUGGAGAUCUGGGCUAUCAGGGUCACGAUACGUUUUCGUCCACCUCGUCCAGCUUCCGAUCGUUCUACGGCUAUCCGCGACCCAUCAACCCAAACAAUGUUCCUCCUAACUGGGUCGACUAUCUGCCCCCGCCGCCGGAGCAUCCGCCUCCGAUUCCGCAACCGAUCGAAACACUCAACCAUCAUCACCUGAAUCACGUCUACCCGUCCGAGCUGGUCGGCACAAUAAACAGCUCGCAAACGUCCAGCUACUGUUCGCGCCGCACCAGCGGGUACAAGUGAGACCGUGGCGCUGCGCUUUGGCUGGCAGGCAGUGCAACAUACCACCACCAACUACCGAGCCGACCAGCAAACAACCAACUCUAACAAAAACCACUAAAACACACACACACAAAUGCCGCCAAACAGUGAAACACGCACACACAAUCAAUUUUGGGUGACCUCUAGGGUGGUAGUAGUCGCAAAUGGCGGGCCCCAAUGCCCACGUGUACAUUGAAUCAUUGGACAACGAUCACCACAUUCGGGACGUUUUGCUCCUUGAGGGCGUUUCUCUGUGUGUGUUUCCGCUGCGUCCCAGCGGCCAACGAUAAAAGAUCCUUACGGGAUUAUCGUGCAAAUGUAGUGCAAACUUCUUCGGGAUAGUGACAAUUCCACCCGUGCCGUCCGGGUCAGGAAAACUGCACGGUGCCCACUGGAAGUCACCACCUCACACACGUUGCCAUCAACAGCUGCUAGAGCUUUGAUUGGUGUGCUUGUGUGCGUUUGGGCAGUUGAAUGUCAUUGGGUUCGGCUGGACCUGCUCAAGAUUGGUUGUGGCCAUACGGAUUAGGGUGUGCCAAGUGUGGUGUAGCGUUUAUCACAGCCCGCGGACGCGGUUCGCCUACGUAGAGAUGUGCGAACGCGCGAAUCGUCGUAGAUACAGAUGGUAGUGAUGAAUAUGAAGUAUAUUUUUUCUAUGAAAAAAAAACCAAAAUGAAUACCAAAGUUGCACGUGUGGAGUGUCGGUAG